GUGAACUGUCAAAUUCGGAGAAGUUUUGUUGAUAGUCUGCUUUGUUGCGGUGAAAGUGAAAACUUUUCGUGCUUUUGUCGGCGAAUCUAUCGUUAUCGGUUAACUGUCAGCCAGCUAUUUACUCGUGGUUUGACACGCUCAGAAACAAGGAAAUAAGAUCAUCCUAAAUAUGGCGGAGGAAAUCGACGACAACGAAUUCUUCCAACAAGAUUUCACCACCGCCUCUGAAUGGGAAAUCUUCAAUGCACGCCUGGAAGAAAUUUUUCAUGAAUGGAAGCUCCCAUUUGUUGAAACCCAAAAAUCCUUGGAACAAAAUCAACUUUUCCGCGCUGAAUGGGAAGUAAAAAGCGAAAUCAUCUUCUUUGCCGAUGUUGAAUUGAGUAUUAAACGUUAUCGCGCAAUUUUUGAGUCAUCAGAUGAAGAACAGGAUGAGAUUACUAAAAAGAAGGAAUCUCAAGCUCAUGUCGAUCUCACGAGUGUGACCAAUAAUUUUAAUAUUUACGAUUUGAAUACGGGCAAAAUUCAUCCACUGGCGGCAUGGUAUGGAUUGCGGGAUUUCGUUGUUAUCGAACCGACGGGAAAUCCAAUUGUAAACGAGAGUCAGUAUCGGGUUUUGUUGAGUUCGGCUUGUAUGACGAUCGCGGAAAGUAAUACGGAAAUUCCGGUAUUUGUGCAUAUAAUGCCUCACGAGUUGAAUGUUUACCUUGGCGUUUGUGAGUGUCCUUCGAUGCGUACUAAUUUUGAUAUUGUUGCCCUUGAGACGAUUCCACCGACGUGCAAGUAUCUAUCAGGACUAUUGAACAUGUUCAAAGGCAAAAUCGGUGUACACUAUAUCGAGCCAGCAACUGUAUCGGUUCGUCUCUCCUUCAGCCUAACUGACUUCAUCAGCUCAGAGUACUGCCCUCAAAAGCGAUCACCAUUCGCUGAAGAUGCAAGUGAUGAAGAAUUUGUUGAAACAGGCGUAGAAAGCUCCGAGACAUUUGGAUUGCCGUAUGGAGUUUCAAUGGAUCCCGUCAACGAAAUUAUUCUGCACUGCACUUGGCCGCAAAUUCCAGAGAAUGUAAUUAUCGACUCUCCGGUCUAUUCAAACUUGAAUCCUUCGGGGGCUCCAAACUGGUCGAUUCAGGCCAACUUCAAGCAGAAACCAAUUUACUAUUUGACUGAAAUGUGCACGGAAUAUUUGAAGCUAUGCGAGAAUGGGACAGUGCUCGGUGCGAUUUUAGGAAGCGCUUAUCAUUUCAACCAAUCUUUGGAAGGAGGAAAUCCGUUGGACUUACUAACUGAGUCCAAAAUCCCGAGUAUUUCGACUGUGAUAACGGGACGCAGUAAUUCGAAGGCUUCUGUUGAGAGUAAACCCGAAAGAGUUUCAACGCCUGAUGGCCCAUUAGCGAGUGACGAUCUUAUGAAUAUGCUGUACUUCAUGUUUCCUGAUGCACAGCCAAAUUCUUUGCAUCCUUAUAAUUUUGGAACUGUUGAGUUUGAUCCUUUGAAGAUUAAAUCAGCUCUUCCGGAUUCACUUGUUUUUCGUCUCAGUUUAUUGUUGGCGAUUUGUAAUACAGAAUUUGGAGGAAUGUCAGCUGUUGCUCAUUUGUGGGCAGAGUUUACACAGGAGAUGCGGUAUCGAGUUGAGAGAUGCAUUCAAAUACCAGGUGUUGCAUCCGGCUUCCCAGAUUCUCGAACAUCCCUUCUUCACCAAAAACUUCAAAUGUUGAACAUAUGCAUGGAACGUCGUCGAAUUCGAGAGGGCGGUCUUCCAUUUGCUAUGACGACAUCAACAAAAGAAAUGAGAGCACAAAAGGAUGACUCCGAGGAGGAACAAUUCUUUGAUUGUUCUUCAGAUGAAGAUGAUAAAGCUCAUCCAGCAUGGAAUAAACCAGAGGGUCGCCUUUCAAAACUUGGCAAUUUGACACUCAUCGAUUCAGAUGAACCACUUUACAUACCAAUCACACAGGAACCUGUACCAAAAACUGAAGAUCAACUAGAAGAUGACGCUGAAGUGAUGCUCAAGCUGGGACCAGGUUCUGAACUUUGUGCACAAAUGAUGAGUGCCUCUCUACUCUCGGAUAUGGAAAGUUUCAAGGCUGCUAACCCUAAUGGAAAAUUGGAGGACUUCAUUCGCUGGUAUAGCCCUCGUGAUUGGAUUGAAGAGACUGAUGAAAGUGGAAAUAUUAAAGGACGUUUGAGUCAACGAAUGCUCAUUCCAGGCAAUACAUGGCAGACAGUUUGGAAAACUGCUAAACCGGUUCCCGCUAGAAGACAGAAACGCCUUUUCGACGAUACAAAAGAAGCUGAAAAAGCUCUCCACUACUUCGAGACACGGACUAUUGGACAAAUUUGCCAACUAACUCUGGCCCCGUUAUUCAACGCAACAAUCCUUAAAAUCAAGGACGAACUGCAAGCAUCUGAUUUGAUGGAACAAUUCAACGAACACUUUGAACGAAUCGUUCUGAAUUUAUGCAAGCUCUCACGUGAGACUUGGACCAUAUCCAGUUCGCUUCCACUUCCUGUACCAUCACGAAAGAAGUGGGAAGCUCUACUGCAGGAAAUAGCCAACUUGGAACAUAUGAACAUUCAAGCUAUGAGCUUGAUUCGGAAACUUUUCGGAAAAAGCGACGAAUCGAACUUAAAUUUGGAGAAUUCUCAAAAGGAGAUUAUCACGUCUUUGCUCAAAGGACUUGAAGUUGAAUUGAAUGAGGCCGGACAGAAUUCGAUUUCGGUACGAAUCCUGGAUAUGUUCAAUGAGGCGAAACUUUCGAAAAGUGAAUUCGGUAUUGAGGAGACUGCUACGAAGGAGCAACAGCCCCUUCCGGAACCAUUUAGAAAAGAAUUCAUUAUACGUCUUAGUGGAAAAACCGUCGACAAAGGACCUGGCGGUCCACAAUUUCUUCGAGCUAUCCUUGACAAACAUUUGCGACUUUGCGGCGCAUUCACCGAGAACACAACUUUUUUGUAGAAUGUUCUUUACAAUGAUUUUUUUUUAAUUUUUUUUAUCGAUGAUUAAACGUUUUAAAUCGAAAAUGGUGAUGGGAUAAAGGUAAAAUAUACUCAAUACACAUACUAACAAUAGAAA